GCAGACAAAUAUGCUGAGACCAGAGCUUUAGGGGAUCUCAUUACCAAUUGCAAAAGCAAAGUGAAGGCUGAAAUAUUUUUUAUCACAAAACAGAAGAAAGCACAGAAGAAAAUAAGAUGUCAGAUGAACAAAGGAGGGAUGCAGAGGAAGAGGAAGAACAGUCUAUGAGAAAGAUGUGCUGUUCUGCAUACCCUUUUCUUUUUCUUGCUGCACUAAUGAUAUGCCUGCCUCAUGGAAUUUGGGGUGAAACCUUGCAGGAAUCGGAUGGUUUGUGCAACGCUGAUGGAUGCUACUCAGUUCACUUCCAACGAAAGACUUUCCGGGAGUCCUUGAAAAGUUGCAAAGAUAGAGGGGGCAAUCUGGCUGCAGUGAAGCAACCAGAGGAGGCAGCAUUGAUCCAGGACCUGCUGAAUGCUAAAGAGCGUCAUGGUCCUCGUCCCAAGAUAAGGCUCUGGAUAGGUCUCCAAAGGCCACCUCGGCAAUGCUCGGCCACACGUCCACUGCGGGGCUUCACCUGGGUUGCGGGAUAUCAAGAGACGGAAUACACUAACUGGCAACGUGAGGAAUUACCAGGUGCAUGUACUGCCCUUCGUUGUGUGGUCAUUACCUACAAUACUUUGGAGAAUAGAAAUACUGACCAGAACAACUUUAAGUGGCUAGAUGGUUCAUGCAUGGUUGCUGUGGAUGGUUUUUUGUGUCACUACACGUACAGAGGGAUGUGUCCAUCUCUUCAGAGUGAAGGAGAAGGACCUGCACAGUACGCCACCCCUUUUAACUUAGUCAGUACCGUGCUUUCCCAUAUCCCCUAUGGCUCUGUGGCCACCCUCUCUUGUCCAGACAUCAGCAAGGGAGAUCAGUCAGUGCUUUGUAUGCAACACGAGGAUGGACAAGUUGGAUGGUCCAAGGAGGCACCUCUUUGCUCCGAUGAUAUAAAGGACUGGUGUGAGAAUGAUAAUGGAGGUUGUGAGCACAACUGUGUGAAUUCAGUUUCUCACUAUUACUGUCAGUGCUCAGAAGGUUUCAAGAUAGGGGAAGAUGGGCUAAGCUGCCAGCCUUUGGAUCCAUGUCACCAAGCUGAAUGUGAAUUUGACUGCGAGCCCAGUAUUGGGGGAUACCGCUGCAAGUGCCCAGAAGGAUACCUCCUCUCACAGGAUGGUCUUAAUUGCAUUGAUAUCGAUGAGUGUGCGCAAAGUCCAUGCCCCCAAGUGUGUGUCAACGCACCAGGAACGUUUGAGUGCCGCUGCAAUGAGGGCUAUCAGCUGUCUGAGUUUGGUGAGUGUUUGGAUGUUGAUGAAUGCAAUGAAGGCAAAUGUGAGCACUCCUGUGAAAACUCCCCAGGAAGCUAUAUAUGUCUUUGUCAUGACGGAUUCUCCCUGAUGCCUGAUGAUUCAGAACGCUGUGAAGAUAUUGAUGAGUGUGAAGUCGCUGGAACUUGCGAGCAGAUAUGUAACAAUUAUGAAGGCAGAUUCGAUUGUAGUUGUGAGGUGGGCUAUCAGUUGCAGCUGGAUCAGUAUUCAUGUUUGCCUAUCGAAGACAUGGAUGAACUUUACACAACAGCUGAACCAGCUCAUCCAAUAACACUUACUUGGGAUGACCCUGGUAACUCACCUGACAUAGUGACUGAUAAUAUUCCUCUUGAUUGGGUUACUGAACUUCCUACAGCGCUGGACUGGUUUACAGAUACAACAGAAGAUGACUACCUUACUUUGCCAGCCUCACCUGACUUAACAGAGCAAACCUCCAGUUCCCCAACAUCAGACUGGUUAAAGGUUGCAACAACUUCAAAUAUACCAGCAGAUUCAAAUGCUAAAGAUAAAACAAGCCAGUUGUUGGAUGAGAAGAGAGUAUUGUCACAAGGUGAAGACCACUUAACGUCACCCUUUCCACCAAAGCUGAAGAAGGAUGCUGAUAGGAUCACUCCUUUUACACAUCAAAUCCUAGAAGGUAGUUUGCCAUCUGUCUCCAGUCUAGAGCAAAAUCCAGGUGGCAAAAAGAAGCAUGACAGAAGCUGGUUGCUAGUAGCACUACUAGUUCCUCUCUGUGUCUUUAUUGUAGUCAUGCUAGCACUGGGCAUUGUGUACUGUACAAGCUGUGCUGUUGAGCCACGCAACAAAAACGUAGCAGACUGUUAUAGCUGGACCACUAACUCCAAACCUGCUGAACCAAAAGCUACGAAAUCACAGGCUUGAAACUUUUGGAAAGGACAACAUGACUAUUAAAACAGAGGUGACCCCAAAAUGUCUUGCUAUGUGUGUCAUUUUUGUAUUUUUUUAUAUAUUAUAUAUAUAUAUAUAUAUAUAUAUAUAUAUAUCAUUUCAAAUAUUUCAGGUUUGGACUGUUUUGAGAACAAAGCUUCAGAAGUAAAGUUAAAACCAGUUGGAAACAAAAAUAUCUCAAUGCCUUUUUGAUGUUUAGAUGUUCUGAUGGAAUUAUUACUGUAUUUCACACAUCCUAAGGUUACAUAAAGCUAAGAUUUGAGUAUGCAUUUUACCGUUUCCCCCAUUUUUUAUGCAAAAAAUGAUGACUAUCUUGACUGCCUUCAACAUUUUGUAAUAUAUGUACAUUCAGGAAGGUCAUGUUGCUCAGCUACAUGUGUUAGUGUAUGAUUAUUAUUUUAAUAUUUGGUUAUUUUUACGCAUUGAUGUUUGUUCAGUAGUAAAAUUUCUAGGUGUUCCAAAAAAUGUGUGUAAAGCAGUGUAUUGGAAAACAUUGUAUGUUGUACAGUUUGCCUGUGUGAGUUGAUUGUCUGUAAUGGGAACAUGCACUCCAGUUGUAUCUUGCCAAAAUUAUUAAUUGUUUGCCUCAAAUUUGCAAUAAAAUCGAGUGUGA